GGCGGGGUGCUGCGGCUCGCCGGCCGGAGACCAGCGUGGGUGUGAGGGGAGGUGGAGAUCGGCCCAUGCAGCUGCCCGAGGGUCGGCACCUCGACCUGAGGGACACCCGCGGGGCGGAGAAGAAAGCCAGGGGGUAUGCUCGUGGGGGGGGUGGCCAAACUUCCUGUCCCGCUCUGGAGCUGCUUCCGGCGGGAGCCGGAAGACGCCGUGUGUGGACGGAAUUCGGGACUGACUGACGGACGGCCAGCUGCCCUGGACUGGAAGGUUAAAUUGAUUACCAACCUAGUUCAGCACCUUACAGGAAAAGCAUAAUGUUUCUUAAAGGGAUAUGAGUAUAACAGGAAGGUGUCAUUGACUCUGAAUUAGAUUUGAACCUGUCCCCCGAACAGCUGCAGGAUUUCAGAAGCUGAAUCAAUGUUAUCAGAUGAGUUAGAAUCCAAACCAGAGCUCCUGGUGCAGUUUGUUCAGAAUACCUCCAUCCCCCUGGGACAAGGACUAGUAGAAUCAGAAGCUAAAGACAUUACUUGCUUAUCCCUCCUUCCAGUGACCGAGGCCUCAGAAUGCAGUCGGCUAAUGUUACCAGAUGAUACUCCAAAUCAUACUAAUUCCUCCAAGGAGGUCCCUUCUUCAGCUGUUUUGAGGAGCCUUCAGGUGAACGUGGGCCCAGACGGAGAAGAGACGAGGGCUCAGACUAUACAGAAGUCCCCAGAAUUCCUGUCCACUCCGGAGUCACCCAGCCUGUUGCAAGAUCUACAGCCAAGUGACAGCACUUCCUUUAUUCUUCUUAACCUAACAAGAGCAGGUCUGGGCUCUUCAGCUGAGCACUUUGUGUUUGUGCAGGAUGAGACAGAGGAUUCAGGGAAUGACUUCCUCUCUGGGGAGAGCGCAGACAGCAGCAUCCCGUGGUUCCUCCGGGUCCAGGAACUGGCCCAUGACAGUUUGAUCGCUGCUACCCGCGCACAGCUGGCAAAGAGCGCAAAGACCAGCAACAGUGGAGAAAAUGUUCACCUUGGCACUGGCGAUGGGCAGCCCAAAGCUUCUGGGCCCCUUCCUCAAGUGGAGAAGAGACUUAAGUGCACAGUUGAAGGCUGUGACCGGACGUUCGUGUGGCCAGCUCACUUCAAGUACCACCUGAAAACCCAUCGGAACGAGCGCUCCUUCAUCUGCCCUGCAGAAGGCUGUGGGAAAAGCUUUUAUGUGCUGCAGAGGCUGAAGGUGCACAUGAGGACACACAACGGGGAGAAACCCUUUAUGUGCCAUGAGUCUGGGUGUGGUAAACAGUUCACCACAGCUGGCAACCUGAAGAACCACCGUCGCAUCCACACAGGAGAGAAGCCUUUCCUUUGUGAAGCCCAGGGAUGUGGCCGUUCCUUUGCUGAGUAUUCAAGCCUCCGGAAACACCUGGUAGUUCACUCAGGAGAGAAACCUCAUCAGUGCCAAGUCUGUGGGAAGACCUUUUCUCAGAGUGGGAGCAGAAAUGUGCAUAUGAGAAAGCAUCACUUGCAUCUGGGAACCACUGGGAGUCAAGACCAGGAACAAACUGCCGAGCCACUAAUGGGCAGCAGUUUGCUUGAGGAAGCUUCGGUACCCAGUAAAACCCUGGUGCCUAUGAGUUCCCAGUCCAGCCUCAGUGGAGAGUCCCUGAGUCUACCAAAUACCAAUUCUAUUCUUGGAGUUGACGAUGAGGUGCUUACUGAAGGAUCCUCCCGCCCCCUGUCUGCAGUGACGGGUGUGACACAUCACUUGGUGACCAUGCAGUCGGGGAGGCAGUCCUAUGAAGUUUCUGUCCUGACUGCAGUCAAUCCACAGGAGUUACUAAAUCAAGGAGAUUUAACUGAAAGACAGACAUGAGUAUGCUGGCUCCUGGAGGAGCAGCUCUGUCUGACCCCAGAGUGCAUGAUGGGAACAAGAUCCAAAGGCUCACAUUCUGCCAGAACUAAAAUGAAUCUGUGAAGGACAAUGACCUCGCCCUGCUUCUUCUGUUCAUCUUCCCUGGCAGAGAAGAGGGAUGUCUGAGGGCCUCUCUUCAACCUCCAUCUGAUCCAGACAGAGUGAGGCAGUGACGAGGGCUGGAUACCUGUAGCCGCCUCUCUCUCUCCCCACUGCAAAGUUCUGAGGUGGACUUCUCUCAGAAGCAAGUUUAAUGAUGUGUUGGAUGAAGAUUUUCAUUGUGACUGUUCAGGUUUCCCUUUGAAGAGUCUUCAUCCUAGACCCAGCUGUCUUUUCAGAGGGUUGAAUGAUUUCCUGCCUCCAACCACAGAACUUCACCAGGACAUUGAGUUUUCGAGAUGCCUUGUUGCUUUGAAGAAGGAAGUGAUGUCAAUUAUGUUGUGGCAUUUUUCCUUUAGCAACCUGAGUAAAGGACUCUCAGCCACUGGGCUGUAAAAAAGAAAUUACUUGAAUCUCCCCUUGGCCCAGGCUGAGGUACCACCUUACCCUGUACACCUCGACUCGGUCAUUUUUUGUUUCGUUUGGGACUUAAAAUAGCAUGUUAUGGGGGGGAGGGUGUUUAUUUUUGUUUUGUUUUGUUUAAGUUAAAAACCACAUGAUCUAUAGUUUCAGUUUUCCUUUUAAAUAAACAAAACAACCCAGUCG